AUGGAGAGUCGCCAACAGCCUCCCUGGCAGCAACCGCCUGCUCAUCCCGACACUCGUCUGCCGCCCCUCAAAGUAUGGAACUCCCUCACCAGAUCCAAGACGCCCUUUGUGCCAUUGGACCCCAAAGGCCGGAAAGUUAAGUGGUACGCUUGCGGUCCGACAGUCUACGACGAUGCGCAUCUGGGCCACGCCAGGAACUAUGUCAGUACCGAUAUCCUGCGUCGAAUUCUCAGGGAUUACUUCAAGUUCGACGUGGAGUUUGUCAUGAACAUCACCGAUGUCGAUGACAAGAUCAUCCUGCGUGGUAGACAACAGCACCUGUUCAACAAGUACAUCGCCGAGCACCCCACCGUUACGCCCGACGUUCUCGAAACCGCCCGCAAAGCAUACAGCGCCUACAUCAAGAAGAACCUUCCCCUGGUCGAUCCCGAUACCGAGCCGGAGAACUUUGUCGCAGAAGCCCAGAAGACCGUGACAGCCACGACGUCGGCGAUUGCGGAAGCCGCUCAGAAGCUCGCGGGCAUCGAUGCUGCAUCCAGCAAGGCUUUUUACGAUGCCGCCCAGGAUGUCUUCUGCUUCUAUCUUGAUGUGACGGAGGGGUCUACAAUUCCUGGCGAUGCACAUGAGAUCUUCACGAAAUUGACGAAGAAGUACGAAGACCACUUCAUGAGGGAUAUGCGGGAUCUGAACGUCCUCGACCCUGAUGCUGUGACCAGAGUCACGGAAUACGGCCAGCAGAUUGCCGACUUCGUCGAAAAGAUCGUCGCGAACAAGUUUGGCUAUGUCACCUCCGAUGGCUCCGUCUACUUCGACAUCAAGGCAUUCGAAGAAGCUGGAAACCACUAUGCGCGACUUGAGCCUUGGAACCGCAACAACCAACCUCUGCUAAGGGACGGUGAGGGUGCGCUGUCGCGGGCAACCGAGAAGAAGUCUUCAGAUGAUUUUGCCCUCUGGAAGGCAUCUCGUCCGGGAGAGCCCAGCUGGUCAAGCAAGUGGGGUCAAGGACGGCCAGGCUGGCACAUCGAGUGCUCGGCAAUGGCAUCGAGCUGCCUUGGUAGUCAGAUUGAUAUCCACUCCGGUGGCAUUGACCUUGCAUUCCCUCAUCACGACAACGAGCUUGCGCAGAGUGAAGCCUACUGGUGCGAGCAUAAGCAGCAGUGGGUCAACUACUUCCUGCACAUGGGCCAUCUGUCCAUCCAGGGUUCCAAAAUGUCGAAAUCCUUGAAGAACUUCACUACCGUCAAGGACGCUCUCGAGCGCGGUGACUACACUCCUCGCAGCUUGAGAAUCGUCUUCUUGCUUGGUGGAUGGCGUGAUGGUGUCGAGAUCACCGAUGAUCUCAUCAAGAAUGCCUCUUCCUGGGAAGAGAAGCUCAAUAACUUCUUCGUCAAGGCGAAGGACCCCUCCAGCUUCCGUUCUUCCGAUGAGGCGCCGACUUCUUCAUCCGAGACCUUAUCACAGGCCCUCAAAUCUACACAAGAAAAGGUCCAUGAAUACUUCUGUGACUCCUUUGAUACCCCCAAGGUCAUGGCCGCCAUCUCUGAGUUGGUCACGACGUUCAACGCCCUUGACAGUCAAACCUUGGAUCUCAAGGUGGUUGAAUCCAUGGGCACAUGGGUCACCCAGAUUGUCACUAUCUUUGGCUUGAAUGGCGCUGCCUCUUCUGACAGCUGUGGCAUCGGCUGGGAAGGCACUGACAUUCCGGAAGCAGCCAAGCGUUUCCUAUACCCACUGUCCGCCAUGCGUGACACUCUGCGCCAAGCUGCCAUCUUGGACGAUACCAAGCAGGCAUCCAAGGACAUACUUUCUCUCUGCGAUCGUUUGCGUAACGUCGAUCUCUUUAACCUGGGCAUUUACUUGGAAGACCGCGAAAACAAGCCCGCACUCGUCCGUCCUGUCACCAAGGAUAUGCUGCAGGCCCGCGAGGAACAAGCUCGUAAAGCCUUGCUGAAGCAGCAAGAGAAAGAGAAGCAAGAGAAGCUUGCCCAGGAACGGCUCGAGAAAGGAAAGCUUAAUCCCGUGGAAAUGUUCCGCACCAGCGAAUACAGCGCCUGGGACGAAGACGGCAUUCCCACGAAAGAUGCGGCGGGAGAGCCUCUCGCCAAGAGUAAGAGCAAGAAGCUCCGGAAAGAUUGGGAGCGCCAGAAGAAGGCCCACGAAGCCUGGCUUGCAAGCCAGAAUGGAAAAUGA